GGUAGAUUCUACACUUAACGUCUUCCUGAACUGCGAAAUCUCAAAGAACUUUCUACUCCCGUAGAAGGCACGAGAAGAAUCCCUUUCUCAUUAUACAACACCUUCAAAACCGCUCAUCUUGGCUCAUUAUGCGUUCCCUCUUUCUCUCCCUCGUACUCCUCAUCAUCCAUACCCAAAUCUCUCGCGCCGAAACUACGUGCAUUGAUUUCAGAUUUCUGCUGUUCAUUGAUUACACCCAGUACCAAUUCGGCUACCCCCCUUUCAAUGACAACUACGAUGUAGCUACAUAUAUCCAAGACAUCAACCGUCGCGACGCCGACAAGACUUUCCAUCCGAUCUCAGGCAGUCUUCCUGGAAAUGGAACUUUCCGUUUCUCGGGAACAUAUUGCGAGCCGGUAAAUGCGACUACUUUAUUAGUUGCCACGCAUGGAUUAAUUUCUGAUAGAACGUAUUGGGAUAUACAAUACCAACCUGAAAAAUACAACUUCGCAAAUUACGUAGUAGGGAAAGGAUAUUCGUUUCUUUCCUAUGAUCUUCUAGGGGCAGGUCGUUCUCAAGUAGUUAGCGGUUACACUCUCCAACUCCCCAUGCACGUUGCUGUCCUCGAGAAAAUCCUCACCCGCAUCCGCGAAAAUUCGCUUUUUCCAAAAUCAGUCGAUCAUACUGUGCCCAAGAAAAUUGUUCCCAUAGGGUUUAAUGUAGGUUCCCGCAUUACAAAUGCAGUCAUAGCCAAGAAUGCUUCUCUGGCAGAUGCAGUAAUCCUGACCGGAGUCGGCUACAAAGCCAGCGUUGCCAGCUCCAUCGGCUCUCUCUUUUCGAGCUGGAAUGGAAAGAUUGCAAGUACGGUGGAUAAGAAAUGGGAGGAUUCGGGAUAUGAUUCGGGGUAUCUGGAUCAAGACGAUAAGUUUGCCAUCUGGAAAUUGUUCUAUAGAAAAGGGUACUAUGAUACGAAUCUUACAGAUUCAUAUAGCACAGAACAUCGAUUUCCACAAGCUAUAAUGGGAAGCGCGACGGCGCCUCUAGUCAAUCCGAAUGCGAAAGCUUUCAAAAGCCCGGUGUUGGUCAUGAACGGCGAAUACGAUUACAUAAACUGCGGUGGCAACUGUCAAGGCAUUCUGGGACCAUCAGCUAAAGAAGCAUUCCCUAACUCCAAAAGAUUGCAGACUCAUGUUCAGCCAGGCGCAGCCCACAGUUUGAAUUUGGCUUACAAUGCAACGGGUGGCUACCAGGUUAUUGUAGAUUUUCUCAAGAAAAAUGGGUUCUGAAUAAGGGCUGUAAGAAGCUUCUGAUCUUGGAGUUGUUGUUAGCUACAGUACUGCCCAUCAACCUUCAUUUGACAGAGAGCCAUUACGCUUCUUAUCCGAAAUGAAAACUCUCUCAAGAUAUAUUGGAUAUGGAAAUUCAAAGAAUUUCCCGUCUCCGACUUCCACGCACUCUUGUGAGCGACGGUGAAAGCCGGAAUGGGGAAGUUUGUGAUUCUAUGCGAUGUUUCUGUAAAGCUCACACUCAAUUCAUAAAAGUGAUACAGAGAAAGAUAGGCAGUGUCUAUUCGAAUAUCAAUACAAUGGCGCGAAUAUUGACGUAAAACAUCAUCGAUGGCA